AGCGUGCUCCAGAAGCAGCGCCGCUUGUAUAACACCUGGGUUUUCUAUACACAAAGCAUCUCUUAGGUAAGAGUAUUUCCUCAUAGGACGGCGUUCGAGCGGACGCCGAUCAUGAUAACGAUGGGCGUACAAAAAUGGAGGAUCGACGAUAUGGUGCUUACGUAACACACGCGGUUUUUUUUUUUUUUUUUGAUACAGGCCCUGAUUAGCAUUCAAGCCGGUACAAUAACAAUAUUUGUUCGACUUUUCAGAGGGAGAAAAGUUGCCGAUACGACGCAUUUCUAGCAGACAUCCACCAAAUAAUGACUGUAAUCUGCAUGGUCCUCAUUUCAAAUUAGACUUCUCCGACCGCUUCAAUAUGCGGCGCUUCCCUCGACAAAUGGACGACCCUUUGAAACUGCGCACGUGCAGCUCCCGUGGCGCGCCGGACGCGGCAUUUGCGGUGUUGCAUUUUAUUAUAUUGUCUCAGAGAUCCGCCCGCAUAAAUAGCAUUCUACCCUCUGCGAAAACAGAUCAUGUAUUCGUAUUAGGAUCGACCCAUCCACGCCUUUUUGCCUCCGUGAUCGGCUUACAUUAAUUAUUUGGGUCGACACUAACAACGGAGGCCGGUGAGCGCACUGUAUAAUGCUAUCGCAUUAAUGCUUUCUUGUCCAAUGUCUCUUGCAGGAGUUAUAAUGCAUUGCAAGAAAUAUUUCACAAGAAGAUGAAGAAACACCAAAACCAAUUUCCAAGAUCUGAGUGUCAAAAUGUGAUAUUCUGGUGUUUUACGAGCCAAACCACAAUCUGAUUAUCAGCCACUCCGUAGUGGGGGACUCCGAAUUAAUUUUGACCCCCUCUGGUAUUACAACGUGCACCGAAUGCACGGUACACACGAAUGGCUUUUGCAUUCCGCCUCCAUCGGAAUACGGCCGUCGACGCCGCCACCGGGAUCGAACCCGCGACUUCGGGCUCAGCAGCGACACGCUAAAGGUACAGAGCCACCGCGGCGGAUAAACCUCUGUGUCAGAGGUUUAUCCUCUGACAACUGCGCAUGACAUAAAAAUAUUUUGAUGUUCUGUUCGCAGAUGUUUCAGUCAAAUUCCGGGUCGGUGUACCUUGAGAAACUCAACGAGUCCACAGCCGGCGUGUACAACUGCGAAGUCAGCUUGGAAACGCCUCUAUUCCGCAGCGUGGAAAGAGGGGAGCUCGUGAUUGCCGAACGGCUACCCGCAACGCCCCGUAUAUUAACCGACAGAGACACCUACCGCAUCGGGGACACCGUGAAGCUGAGCUGCGUUGGGGUUCGGUCCAAUCCGUCCCCGGCGCUUUCUGUGUUCGUGAAUGACCAGCUCGUGAACGACGCCAAGACCAGGCUGGAGGCACAUCCCGACGGGCUACCCACCGUCAGCGUUGAGACUACCUUCGCGCUGGGACAAGAAAAAGCGCAAGGCGGCCACGUUAGAGUGAGAUGUGAAGCUAUAUUCUCGGACGCCUUUUCGGCAACGGUCGAAGAUAACAUUCGCGUCGAGCCUCGGCGGCUGCAUUCGAGAACCUCCUCUCCUGAAGACCCGUGUCUCGAGAAGGCGUGGACAAUUUUCAAAAGAGCGUGGAUGCAUUUUGCUGAAGCUCACGACAACUCGGUCGAAAACGACAAUCAGACAUUUUCAACUGUUCAAUAAACGCAAGUGGCCGCACA